CCGGCUCGAAUCUAGCUACCCCGCACUCGAGCAAGCGAUUGAAUUGUCCGGUUUGGGGGCAGAAGCAACAGGUAUUUCAGAGGCUCGAGAUUGGAGCUCUCGUCGACAUUUCUCCUCACGACAGCAAGCAUGGCGACCGCUACUACCACUGCGACGAUCGACUCGCGCUCCGCCACCGCCACCGCCACGGCCAAGCAGGCGGCGCCUGAGAAGGAGCAACGCCCGCAGCUGCCACCGCGUUCGAAGCGCUGGUGGCCCGUCUCCAACCCUCGCCCUACUCAAGCCAUCUUCGACCUCGUUCUUCUUGGCGCCUUCAUCGCCUGGCAACGGUCCAGCACCGCGCACAACUUCUACUCCUCCCUCGCUGCCCGCUACUCCGUCUUCGACAUCAAUGCCUAUGGGGCCUUUGGCAUCACCACCCUCGUCUACUGGGCCGUAGCGGGCCUCUUUGCCAUCGUGGACCUCACGCACUGGCCGGACAUCGUAUUCAGGUACAAGGUGCAGCCCUUCGAGAAGGUGACCAUCAAGGAGUAUGCCAAGAUUGCAAAGGUGGCAGCAAAGAACCAGCUCUUCGUUGUUGGACCUCUGCUUGCUGGGCAGGCAUACUUAGCACCCUACCCAGUCGAGGCCAGCGCCGUGCCCGGGUCAUGGGCAACGUUGGGGUACAUUGCAGCUAGUAUUGCGGCGAUCGAGGUGGGAUUCUAUUACGUUCACAAGACGAUGCACAAUCCACGUCUGUACGCGCGCUACCACAAGCAACACCACGAGUUCACGGCGCCUGUAGGACUGGCUGCUACGUACUGUGGCGUAGUGGAGCAUCUGACAAGCAAUCUCGCACCCAACGCCAUUGCUAUGGCGCUUCUGCGACCUCACUGGAGUGUCGCGACCUUCACCUUCUGCUUCCUCGAGAUCAGCACCGUCUGCGCUCAUUCCGGGUAUAAUCUGCCUUGGGCUCGCAGUAGCUUGAGACAUGACUAUCAUCAUUUCAAAUUCGAUGUGAACUACGGCCCCAUCGGCGUCCUUGACGCGAUCCACCGCACCGAUACCUCGUAUCGGGCUGCGCUUAGUGAUGCGCUGGCCAGGGCCAAGGGCGACGCUGGACGUGCGAGGAGCGAGCUGUUGAGCAGGUUGGCUGCUUGGGAGAAUGGGGCGCGAGAGGAUGAGCCCGCCGCGACUAAGAAGGUCGGCCCUGUCGGUCGGGGUGACUCAGGUAGCGACUCCGACUGAAUGCUCCUCCCUGUAUCGUGGCCUACUUUGUAGCAGCUCUGUCACUAUCCCUCUGUCCCUCUCUCUCAACUAAGCGUAGCCGGCCUGAAUCGUCCAUAGUAGUCCCUCCCUCUUGCCUCGUGCAACUCGGCCCACGUCUCCGGCAACGACCCCACCUUCUUGG